CCUUAGGUUGAGGUUCGGAAAAACUGCUGAGGAUUGUUAUGGAGAAGGUUGCUGAUUUAGGUUUGGGCAUCACUCGAAUCACAGCGUUGUCAGCGGACAGAGAGCUGCGGCCAGAAGAAAUGGAUGAGUUGCGGGAUGCUUUUAAAGAGUUUGACAAGGACAAGGACGGUUUCAUCAGCUGUAAAGACCUAGGAAACUGUAUGAGAACCAUGGGAUACAUGCCCACUGAAAUGGAGCUGAUUGAACUGAGCCAACAGAUAAACAUGAACUUGGGAGGUCAUGUUGAUUUUGAGGAUUUUGUAGAGCUGAUGGGCCCAAAACUCCUCGCCGAAACUGCAGACAUGAUCGGAAUAAAAGAGUUGAAAGAUGCGUUUAGAGAGUUUGACACUAAUGGAGAUGGUGCCAUAAGCACAUGUGAACUCCGAGACGCAAUGAGAAAGCUGCUGGGCCAACAGGUAGGUCUAAAGGAAGUGGAAGAUAUCCUGAGGGAUGUUGACUUGAAUGGGGAUGGGCUUGUUGACUUUGAAGAGUUUGUACGAAUGAUGUCUCGCUAAGAUCAUAAAAUGAUCGGCCCUGAAUGUGAAGCUGUGUCCUCCUCUAAACGUGCCCAAGUACAACAGAGGACCUGCGAAGAUCUUCUGAGCCAUCCAAAUCUGAGUGACACUGGAAAUAAAACUCCUUGAAUGUUAUGGAGCAAGGAGUCACCUCACACUUUCAAUCAAUAAGUGUUCUUCCUGACAAGUCUCUGGUUCAAGUGAGGCAGAAUUUGCUGUAGCCUAGCUAAUGAUUGUCUUAUGUUUUUGCACUUUAAUUCUCACUAAAUGACUUCCUGUGUGGUUAGAUUGCUGAUGUCUUGUCUCAUCCUCUACAUGGUUAAAAUAAGUGUCUCACAAAAUGUCGCCUUUGAUGUACAACUAAGUCAGGACGAGAGAGUGAAUGUCUGUAGAAAAUAUGUAAAAGAUCAGUGCACUGUUGGACAUUUCAGUUCAUUUUCACACAGUAUGUGUUAUAUUAGAAACUGUAAGUGGAAUGUCCUUUGUGUGACAUUGGUGCUCCACCAAGGAACCCACGUGGCAAUAUCACACCUGUAUUGUAACUGUGUGACCAUCUGUGAUUUUUCACUGUGCCAGUCUGAUCCGAUAAAAGCGUCACUGUCUGACAGCUACAUGCAACGAAGAAGCAGAUCUCUGAUAUUAAUGAGAGACAGAAGUUUGAAAUACCUUUCAUACAUGUUAUCCUCUACAGUCUGAGAUCAAGGGAAGCUGAAACACUAUUUACAAGGAUGCACAGCUCUCUUUCAGAACUUAAAUCCUGAGGCCCAAAGUGCUCACUGACAAUAGCCCGCUGUGGUUUGCAGCAUCCUAUGCAGUGUAAAUGGAGCAUCUCCAGACUGUCUUUCAAUGCUCACAGGUUUGAAUUCCUGGAGUCUUUAACCUAGCUUCGGGAACAAGAAAUGUUUUUGUUUUAUUUUUUUGGAAAAUCCAUAUUGCCCUGUCUGAGAACAUACAGUAGGAAUGACAUGUGUGAACUGUAUUUACAGUGGAUAUGAUUAUGUUGUACCUGUACUGUACGUCACUGUCAAUAUGAUUGUAUUUGUGGUAACAUUCCACACAUCUGUGUUGUCGAAGCAAUUUUUAUGCAUGCCAAAGAGAGAAAUUUAUUAAAUUCAGUAUGCACAUUUGCAUUUUUGUCUAACAAGGUAAACAAAAUACUUUGCCAAGUUAACUGUAGAAAAAUAA